AUGCGUGUAUGUGUAAAUAAGGAUGCUUCAAAUCAAAAUGCUGUACCAGCACCAGUUACACCGUCACUGAAUCCAUCCUCCAACGGAAGUCAAGUGUUAACAGAUUUGCCACAGAAUGCGACUGGUUCAUCAAAUCAGACUGUUCAAUCGCCACCACCGAUGACAACAGUACCCACUGAUCUGUCUAAGAUAACAUCCACAUCUCGAAGUUCUACUUUGGCUGGUGGGGGUUCUGGAAAUGUUGCUUCUACCAAUGUGGACACUCAAGUUUCAUCACUGAAACCCAAUAUAACUGCAACUUCCAAUAAACCUACAACACCAUCCCUCGAUGCUUCUAACUCCCAAAGCCAUACUACAACCUCAAAGACCAGUUCCCCAAUGCCCCCUAUCCCUAAUUCUACUAAUACUAAUACUACAGAACCUCCCAGUACAACACCAAAUAGUACUACUACAGAACCUCCCAGUACAACACCAACUAGUAAUACUACAGAACCUCCCAGUACAACACCAACUAGUAAUACUACAGAACCUCCCAGUACAACACCAACUAGUAAUACUACAGAACCUCCCAGUACAACGCCAACUAGUUCUACUGUAAAACCUCCGAGUACAACACCAACUGGUUCUACUGUAAAACCUCCUAGUACAACACCAACUGGUUCUACUGUAAAACCUCCGAGUACAACACCAACUAGUACUACUACAAUACUUCCAAAUACAACAACAACUAAUACAACUGUAAAACCUCCGAGUACAACACCAACAAGUGCUACAAAACCUCCCAGCACAACACCAAGUAGUACUACUACAAAGCCUCCCAGUACAACACUAACUAGUACUACUACAAAACCUCCCAGCACAACACCCCAAACUACAAAUACAUCACCAGUUUCUUCUACGAAAAGAUCCCAUGAAAACGUAAGAAAAUCUGGUGGAUUGAGCAAAGCAGGAAAAGUAGCUGUUGGAGUAGUCAUUACUAUCAUAGUCGUGAUUGCCAUUGUGAUAGGCGUCCUAUGGUACAGAAGACGAUUUGUGUCCGGAACCUGGGGAGUUGGUUCUUCAGUGGCCUAUCGAACGUGGGGUAACAAUGAUUUUGUGGAUGACGAGAGAAUUUCUAUCAACCGUCGAUAAGAACAUGUACAAGGGACCUAUCUCAACAUGUACAGUUAGUCAGGAACUUCUGUCAUUCUGUGCUAUCU